AUGGUAUCCUCCGAGACUACCGGAGAUCCUAGCAGGGAUGCCUCCCCUUCUGCUACCACGGGAGCAUCUACACCUCGUAGAAAGGAGAAGAAAAAAGUUGGGUUUCAUCAAAACGAGGGCCAUGGCCCCACGAGCAUCGUCGUCCAUGAUGGGACCUCCCAGCAGCAAAUUUUGACACUGCAACCAACUGCGGCCACAGGUGGCUCGCCGGAUCCUUUUAAAACCCCGCAGCCAUCUCCGCCGGAACUAUCAGUGCCCCAGCAAGAGGAAGGUUCACCAAUCACACCGACGGGGGCACCAGAUGCAACAGAACUUCGUCGCGCCUUGACAAAGAUCUUGACGACCCAAGACGAGGCUCAAGGCGCCCGCGGAAGACAGGGCCGCUCGCCAAGUGUUGGGCCCUCCAAUGCCGCACCGCCCGAGCCUGCCGUCUUCAAGAGUCCUCAAAGGCCAAUGAGGCCGGUUCUGAGGCGUGAUACCAGCUAUGAUGUGCACGAAGAGAGGGUCAAGGCCGACCUGGCCGAAAUGCACACAGGGGAGCGGGAGCAGAGGUCUAGAGCCGCUGCCAGAGAAAGGGCGCACAAUCUCGCCGUCAGGGUUGAGAACUACGCUUCACCGCAUGCCUCACACCGGCCAUCUAUGGAUUCUGAAGAUGAUCUCGAGGCCGGUUCUCGCGCUGCUCGGGCUACAGCCUUGGAUGCAAACAACAAUUCCGAAAACAUGCAACAAGAUGUUCGAUCCAGGAAGCUCCAACGCAAGAAUUCUCACCUUGCACCAGAGGUACUCGAGCCUGCCAAAAAUCUUGUUCGUGCCCAUACGAAAAGGGCCCAGAAGCACCACAGAGCCUCCUCAUCCGAGACCCAACCAGAUGGGUACUUUGCUUUCCAACCCCCCUCGGAAGCACGUUCCGGAGCCGUGACGCCCGAGCCGGUCCACGAAUAUGUUCAAGACUAUGUCCCGAAGCCAAACCGUUACCACGGUGGCAUUUUGGGUUCACUUUUGAAGCUUUACAAUGAAAGCACAGGCAGCGGGUCAAACAGCAGAUCGUCGACGCCGGCUCACACGCCUCAGCACUCACCCCCAGGCUCGAAUGCACCGUCCACACCUGGCUCACCUAGGCCCUCCAGGCCGAGUAGUGGAAUAUGGAGUGGUUUUCACGUCGGCGGUAGCCCAGGCCCAGGAAAUGUCGGUGGGAAUUUCAAGACGCACCACAAGAGCCACUCUGCUUCGUCUCUGGCCCUUGGCGAGCUCAUAAAGUCGACCUCGACAUUGAUGGCGCCUGGGUCAAGCACAUCUGGCAAGGGCUUCGCCGACCGGGUGCGACAGUCUGGACAGAACGCGAAGCGGAGAUCCGGCAUAUUUGGCACAGACUCUCCCAAGUCAGCCAAGCUUAAAAAGCCAAAGCAGGCCAAGGGAGACCAGCACCACCGCAUAACCAGGCAUAUUGCAAAGAUUCUAAGCAGACACAGAUAUGUGCUUAAGCUAUGCCGCGCGCUUAUGAUGUAUGGGGCUCCGACACAUCGCCUGGAGGAGUUUCUGACCAUGUCGGCACGCAUUCUCGAGAUCGAGGGCCAGUUCUUGUACUUGCCUGGGUGCAUGAUAAUCUCGUUUGAUGAUUCGGCUACGCAUACUACCGAAGUCAAGAUCGUCCGUCAGAAGCACGGGCUCAACCUCGGCAAGUUGCGUGAUGUUCAUAUCAUCUACAAGGAGGUUGUCCACGACAUCAUUGGUGUUGAGGAGGCUACGACCAGGCUGGAUGAGAUCCUCAAACAAGACGUCAAGUUUGGAGACUGGGCCCGUAUCCCCAUCUACGGUCUCGCCUCUGCCAGUGUCGCACCCUUUGCGUUUGGUGCCCGGUUGAUCGACCUCCCCCUGAUAUUCGGCCUGGGUUGCUUGCUAGGUUGGAUGCAGCUCAUCCUCGCGCCGAGCAACUAUCUCUACGCCAACGUAUUCGAGAUCACUGCUGCCAUCGUCACCUCCUUCCUCGCUCGCAUGUUCGGCUCUAUUCGCGGAGGCGAGCUGUUUUGCUUCUCCGCCAUGGCGCAGUCUUCCAUCGCUCUAAUCUUGCCCGGUUACAUGGUUCUCAGCGCUGCGCUGGAGCUUCAAUCCCACAACAUCGUCGCCGGGUCGGUUCGCAUGGUGUACGCCAUGAUCUACACGCUCUUCCUCGGGUACGGCAUAACUAUCGGUACAGCCAUCUACGGUAUCCUCGACCGCAAGGGGGCCACAUCAUCCACGCAUUGCAAUGGUGGUAUUGAUACCGAUUGGUACUUUCUCUUCGUCAUCAGCUUCACCGUCUGCCUGUGCAUCAUCAACCAGGCCAAGUGGAAGCAGAUGCCUGUCAUGGUGGCCAUUUCCCUGCUUGGUUACGUCGUGAACCUGUACUCGGGCAAGGCAUUUCCCGGAGGCCAGGUCAGCAACAUGCUCGGCGCCUUCACAAUUGGAAUCCUCGCCAACAUGUACAGCCGGCUGGGCCGUCACGUGUCCAACUACUACCUCGAUUUUCUGGACUGGUGGGACGUUAGGGUGCGCCCUCGUUUCCAAUCCGCCAGCCGUAGACGAAACGGUGUCAUUGGUGGCGGGUAUGAACAGGGCGCCACCGAAAGCGUCCCGCCCAGCCCGUCUUUUGGUCCGACGUCGACGACAGAGAAGCCCACCGAGGGCAGCGGAGAAGCGCCGGACUCUGAACGUCGGCGCAACGUUGGUUACGGUCUCGCGGCCGCGGCCAUGCUCCCCGGCAUAUUUGUGCAGGUCCCAGGAGGUCUGGCAGCCGGCGGCUCGCUGCUGGCCGGGCUGUCGACCGCGAACGAGAUCACGCGGUCCAACAGCACCAUCACCACGGUCGUCAACGGUACUCUGGUCAACGUGACGGCGUCCUCGGGCGGAUCGGUAGACGCUGCCUCGGCGGCGCUGGGUCUCGGGUCCAACCUGAACUCUACUGCGUUCAGCGUCUUGUUCAACGUCAUUCAGGUUGCGAUUGGCAUCACUGUAGGAUUGUUCUUGAGCUCGCUAGUCGUCUAUCCUUUUGGUAAGCGGAGGAGUGGGCUCUUGAGUUUUUGA